UACACGUUUUUGAAUGCUUUGUGACACUUUCACUCAUCCAUAAUUGACACUUAAAUAACUUUAGACCAAACCAUGCCGAUAGUUGUACGCGAAGCGUUGCAGACAGACUGCCAAGGUAUAAUGGAUCUAAUAAUGGAACUAGCAGUGUACGAAAAGAUGGAAGAUCAAGUGAAAAUGAAAAUAGAAACACUUCAAGAAGAUGGUUUUGGAAAUGAAAAAUAUUUCAAAUGCUUUGUAGCAGAAAGACAAGAAAAUGGUGCAUCGAAACUUAUAGGAUACGCAUUGUACUACUAUAUAUACUCAACCUGGGAGGGUAAAUGCAUUUACAUGGAGGAUUUUUACGUGUCCCCGGAGUAUCGAGGGAAAGGAGUGGGGUCAAGGUUAAUGGGCUCUGUGUGUAAGAUUGCUGUUGAGAAGAAAUGUGCCCGAGUUCACUUUGCAGUCCUCGGUUGGAAUAAAUCAUCCAUUGAUUAUUACAAACGACAAGGCGCCAUUGAUUUGACGGAAGUUGAGGACUGGCAUUUGUUUCGAUUAACCGGAAGCGCAUUAGAAAAGAUGGCUGCAAAGAGUGAUACUGUGUGAUAAUACAAAACAAAUAAAGUAAGAAAUAGCCGAAAAAGAA